AUGAUAAAUGACUUUGAACAGGCAGUGACCAAGCUACGCAAGCGGUUGACAGAACGGGAGACGCGAAGGCAACUGCAAAGAUUAGACCAGAAAGACAAUGUAUCAAAGAACGGAGAGCAGGACAGCGAUGUUGUGCCUUGGAGUUGGGUGUUCACCCGGCUGCUGGUUCUCCUUGGCCAGUAUCCGUCAGGAUUAACCGAAGCAAUUGUGAAUGCAGAAUUGGAAGUGCAGUGGGAUGAAUGUAGCGCUGAAGUCAGAAGAGGAGUGUCGAAACGGUUUGAGACACUUGAUGCCUUUGUAGAUGGGAAAGCGGUGCCUCCGGAAGCAAUGUUUGAAGUCGUGACAUUGAAAGUGCAAGUGUUGCCAGGAACCAGAACUCAUAUCCUUUCCGUUGGGACUUUGCGCGUUCAGUCAUGUCCAAUCUAA